UCAAGAUUGAGUAUUUUUGAGUAAAUAAAAGAUAAAAUGGCGUCAAUGUUGCUUAGUCGACAGCUGACCUGUUGCCUGCAGCACAACUCCAGGCUGCUUGUAUCUGGACACAGAUAUAUCAGUCAAGCUGCAGCUAAAAUCGAUGUGGAUUUUGAUUAUGAUGGACCAUUAAUGAAGACAGAAGUUCCUGGACCACGAUCUAGAGAAUUAAUGAAGCAACUGAAUGGAAUUCAGAAUGCAGAAGCUGUGCACUUUUUUUGCAAUUAUGAAGAGAGCCGAGGGAACUACCUAGUAGAUGUAGAUGGCAAUCGCAUGCUGGAUCUCUACUCUCAGAUUUCAUCCAUCCCAAUAGGUUACAGCCAUCCCUCUCUGAUAAAGCUUCUGCAGCAGCCACAGAAUUUGAGCACUUUUAUCAACAGACCUGCCCUAGGGAUUUUACCUCCAGAGAACUUUGCAGAAAAACUGAAGGAAUCUUUGUUAUCAGUGGCUCCUAAGGGCCUGUCACAGGUGGUGACCAUGGCUUGUGGAUCCUGCUCUAAUGAAAAUGCCUUUAAAGCAAUAUUUAUGUGGUACAGAAACAAGGAGAGGGGACAUAAUAGUGUCACAAAAGAGGAACUGGAAUCUUGCAUGAUCAACCAGCCCCCCGGCUGCCCCGACUAUGCCAUGCUCUCCUUCAUGGGUGGCUUCCACGGAAGGACCCUGGGUUGCUUAGCUACGACUCAUUCUAAAGCAAUUCACAAAUUGGACAUUCCAUCGCUGGACUGGCCUAUUGCUCCCUUUCCAAGGCUAAAGUAUCCUCUGGAAGACUUUGUGAAAGAGAAUCAACAGGAAGAAGCCCGUUGUUUAGAGGAGGUGGAAGACCUGAUUGUAAAGUACAGGAAAAAGAAAAAGAUUGUGGCUGGAAUUAUUAUAGAACCAAUACAGUCAGAGGGUGGGGACAACCAUGCUUCAGAUGACUUCUUCAGAAAGCUACGAGAUAUUGCCAGAAAGCACGGCUGUGCAUUCUUGGUGGAUGAGGUGCAGACAGGAGGUGGCUGUACAGGAAAAUUCUGGGCACAUGAACACUGGGGCCUGGAUGACCCAGCUGAUGUGGUAACAUUCAGUAAGAAGAUGAUGACAGGAGGAUUUUUCCACAAAGAGGAGUUCAGGCCAAAUGCUCCCUAUCGGAUUUUUAAUACAUGGCUUGGAGAUCCAUCCAAGAACCUGAUGCUUGCUGAAGUCAUUAAGAUUAUUAAACGAGAAGACCUUCUAAACAAUGCAACCCAUGCUGGGAAAGCACUACUGACUGGGCUGCUGGAUUUACAGGCUCGUUAUCCCCAUCUUAUCAGCAGAGUGAGAGGAAGAGGAACAUUCUGUUCAUUUGAUGCUCCAAAUGAUGCAACUAGAAACAAGUUAAUUACAAUAGCCAGAAACAAAGGUGUUGUGCUGGGAGGUUGUGGCGACAGGUCGAUUCGUUUUCGUCCAACACUGAUCUUCAAGGAUCAUCAUGCACACCUCUUUCUGAACAUUUUCAGUGACAUCUUAGCAAACUUCAAGUAAAAAGCGGUUCCCUUGCACUGAACAGCUGAUUAUGAAAUUAGUUUGCAUUAAUUCAUGUCUUCUCUACUUACAAGAUCAGUGUAAAGUCAUAAACUAAGGUCUGUGUUCUGUCUGUAGUCCUGCCCAAGGCAAGCUGCUCCAUGCAAAUCAACCCAGGCAGAGCAUUGGUACUGGUCACCAGCAGGUACAUGCAGCUGUCCCACACUGUGCAUUGGUAGAAGCUGUGGCCCUCCAUCUUCUGGCUUGGGUCAUACUAAUCGCAGUCCUCUCUACAUGCAUGGUCCUGACU